GAGCCGCGGUACAUUGUGGGAGGGCAGGAAAAUGGCGGCGCCCGCUAGGCGGACUCUGUUAGGAGUGGCGAGGGAGUGGCGGCGGUUCGAGAGGCUCUGGGCUGGUAACUUGGGUUCUCGAAGCCUGGCUUUAGUGGCCGCACCCCUAAACAAAGGAUCUCCAUGGCGUCUGUUGGGCGCAUUGUGUCUGCAGCGACCGCCGCUAGUCUCCAAGCCCUUGACUCCAUUGCAGGAAGAGAUGGAGGCUUUGCUAAAGCAGAUUGAGAUAGAGAAAAGCCUGUAUUCAGACCAUGAGCUUCGUGGUCUGGAAGAAAGUCAGCGACUGGCAAGGAAGAAAGCUGACUUCUAUGAUGAAGAAGAUGAAGAUAUAUUGCUGGCGCAAGAUUUGGAAGAUAUGUGGGAACAGACAUUCCUACAGUUCAAACCCGGAGCUCGCGUAACAGAAGCCGAUAAUAAGAAUGACCGAACUUCAUUGCACCGGAAGCUGGACAGGAACCUUAUCCUGUUAGUCAGAGAGAAGCUUGGAGACCAAGAUAUUUGGAUGCUACCCCAAGCAGAAUGGCAGCCUGGAGAGACUCUUCGAGGAACAGCUGAGCGAACUCUGGCCACACUGUCAGAAAACAACAUAGAAGCCAAGUUCCUAGGAAAUGCACCCUGUGGACACUACAAGUUCAAGUUCCCCCAGGCAAUGCGGACAGAAAGUAACCUCGGGGCCAAAGUAUUCUUCUUCAAAGCACUACUACUAACUGGAGAUUUUACCCAGGCUGGGAAGAAGGGCCAUCAUGUGUGGGUCACUAAGGAAGAGCUGGGUGACUAUUUGAAACCAAAAUACCUGGCCCAGGUUAGGAGAUUUCUUUUGAACCUCUGAUGGACUGAGCUGCCUACCAACAAUGCUUAGACAAGUCUGGGAUUAGGGCCUCAAAGACAUGUGUGAUUGCCCCACAUUUGCAGGUAAUGCCACGUAGCAGACUAAAUUCUGAGAAAUAAACGAGUCUUUUAUUG